AUGCCCUCAUGUGUAGGCUGGAACAAAUGCUUGGGAUGGCCGAAAUUUGCAAUUUCGGUCACCUUUGUAGCAUCCCUGGUAGACGGCCCGACAUCGCAAGGACAGGAUGUCAAACGUUCAAAGCAGCCAUCGUUUCCUUUAUUGACAUACGCAAAGGCAGCUGAUUAUUCGCCCAUUUUCGGCGCCGUUAUUGUGGUUGUCGCGAUGUCUGAGAAGGAGCCCCUAGACCAGCUUCUGCGCCGCUUUCUUUCUCAGAAAGCCACCACGGGCUUCCGUGUCGCAGCAGAUCCACAGGGCAACCCGGUGCUUGUGCGGGUGGGGAGCGAUGGCACCAGCGAUUUGCUUUGGGUCAGGAGCGGGGCCUGGGGUCUGCACCUCGAUGGAAAGAGGUACGGCGGAAGCAAAGCCGAAGAGCUCCGCAUCGUUCGGGAGCUGUAUGGACAGGUGCAGCAGCAGGCGGCUCGGGGCGCCUGCCAGGCGGAGGCGGACAGCUUGGAGGAGGACUUGUUAAGGAGAAUGGAGGAGCCCCUGGAAGAAACUCCCCAAGCGAGGCUUUGA